AUGUGGUGGGAAAAGGGCUCAGACAAAGAUUCAAAGGCGCCGCCCAAGGACGACGCCUCAGCUGCAGAGCCAGGCAAGAGCAGUGCUCCACAGCCUGCCCCAUUCGACCCGAACAAGCUCCCAAAUCGCGAGAAGCUGCCACCUGCGCUGCAGAAGAUAGUGGACAAGCAAGACAAGGAUGAAAACUGGUAUGACGAGCUUGUGGACGGCUAUGCGCCAGAGUCGACCGAGUCGAACGUACGAUUCGCCGCUUAUGCUGCACGAGUUCGGACAAUACUGCUUUCUGCCCAUCGCUACGUAGCUUAUACCUCUGACAUAGGAGAAUCAUUCCGGCCGGUCGCACAUCCCUGGCUCGUCCGCGGCGCAUACGGGGUCAGUUGGGCCUAUAUCUUGGGCGACGUGUCGUAUGAAGGCUACAAAGCAUACCUGCACAACCAACGUGCGCUGAACCCGCAGGUAGAGUUGUCAGAGAGCCAGCUGAAGAUCUCAGGCCUGGAGGCAGCAGGAGCUCCGGAUGCCCAGCCGAAGCCGGUGCCUCCCCUCGAGAACUACAAGACGGUCAUGGCUCAAAGAGCUAUCUUCCAGAGCGUGGCGAGUAUGGGUCUUCCUGCCUUCACAAUCCACAGCGUAGUCAGGUACAGCGGGAGAGCUCUCAAAGAUGCCAAGAACAAGACCAUCAGGACGUACGGUCCGAUCGGCUUGGGCCUUGCUGUCGUUCCAUUCCUCCCAACCUUGUUCGAUAAGCCCGUGGAGAAUGCUGUCGAGUGGAUAUUCCACAAGGGCUUUUCAACUAUGGGUGGGCAGGACGCAGUGGGCGCGGCGCCUACAAUGGGCAGGGAAAAGGCCUUGUCCACAAAACCAAAGGAAAAGGAACUGUAG